UCAUCCUCAGUCUUCAUCUUCUUCCUUCUGUUGGAAUGAUGCGCCGCCGCCGCGUUCUGCUGCCAGUUCUACUCUUGGUGGCGACCAUCGUUGGCGCCACAAGUGCAGUGGAUACCGCUUGCAAUCUCAGCUGCGACGAUGCUACCCCUCCUGCUGGUUGCACCGUGUUUGCUCCUUCCAGCGCGACAAACCCCGCACAAGACCUCGCUGUGUCCGAAUGUUUCAUUUUCCAAUCCGGAUCGUACGUGUUUCAUCACGUCAAUGUGCUCGCGGGCGGCAUUGUCUGGUUUGAAGACGACGGCAAUGUGAUUGACUUUCGCGUGAAUGCCAUGCUGGUCGAGCAAGGCGGGCGCGUGGUCGGUGGCCGUUGGUGCAAGCCCUUCGGCUGCAACGGCGGCAAUUUGCAGAUUGGUCUGUGGGGCACCGAUCCCACAAACCAGGGCACCAACCUCGGCGUCACUGGCAUUCGCUGCCAAACGGCCGGUGGGUGCUACCCCGCCGAGCGCGUCUCCAACAAGCAGUGCUGCAACGUGUCGAGCAGCGUUAGCGAUCCGUGCAACUCGGCCGGGUCGUGCGCACUCGAAAACCAGAACGCCCUGUUUGAGGCCUAUUCCGACAACAUGUACGACGGUCCUGGCAACUCGUUUGGCCACAAGGUUCUCGCUGUCUCGUACGGUGGGUCGGUUGAGCUCUUUGGCCGAAAUGGCGUCGCUCCGAGCGACUUUGUCAACCCUGCUCUGGCCCGCCCGACAGAGUGCGAGACCCCCGCAGACCCCUUCAGCUCUGAUGCUUGGGCUCAACUGACGGGCCAAAGCUGGGUGCGCCUUGGCGUCACGGCUGCAGCUGGGCAAUCCACCAUCACCCUCGAUCGACCCGUGCGUUGGCGCCAGGGCGACAAGAUCAUUCUGACCACGACGGAUUGGUAUCCAAGCCACACGGAGACGGCGGAGCUGGCAGCCGACGUGGUCGAUUCCGCAACAGUCACGUUGGUCGCGCCGCUGGCCUACAAUCACUUUGGCUCGCUCAUCCCCAUGGACGAGCAGCUCUCGGAAAACUCCAACAACCCCAACAAGGACGCGGAUGUGCGUGCUGCGGUCGGCCUGCUGUCCCGCAGCAUCAAGGUCUACUCGCUGGGCGCAACCUCUACCGACAACUUUCCUGCUUCCUCGGCUUGUACUGUCGCCACCAACAACCCCGCGUGCUACUUUGGCGGGCACACGGUUGUGCGUCAGGGCUUUGGACGGUACCAGAUCCAAGGAGUCGAGUUUCACCAGCUCGGCCAAGGUGGUCGGAUGGGUCACUAUCCAGUCCAUAUUCAUCUCGCCAAGCAGGUGUACUACACGAACGUGUUUGUCAAGGACUCGUCGUCGUGGGAUUCGAUGACUCGAUUCUUCACAGUGCAUGCCUCCAGCGGGGUGACGCUGGCUCGCAACGUCGGCUACCUGUCUGUCGGCCAUGGCUACUACUUUGAAGACGGAUCUGAAAUCAACAAUCUUGUGUGCCACAACCUGGCCGCAACCAUCCGCGUGCCUCUCAAGGACUAUCUGGCGACGCAGCAGCCCACGUCGCCGACAGCUCGCGCCGUUCCGGGCAUUGUCCCGUCAGUUCAGGGUCUCAGCGGGAUUCUUGGCGGUGACGAGUACAUGCCUGUUGGCUUUUGGUUUAUGAACAUGUGGAAUGACGUCGUGGGCAACAUGGUCUCUGGCGUUCUCGGCUGGGGUAGUUGCUUUUGGCUCUUGGGCUCGUCGUUGAGCGGCCCGAGUCGCCAAAUGAAAUGGACCUUCAAGACUGGCACCGACGAGGACUAUGCCAACUGGCUCUCGUCCGUCCCACGCAUUGCCCCCAUCAAGCGCUUCCGAGGAUGCAGUUGCUCCACUGCCCCGCUGGCAUUGCAGACUGCGAUUGACAUUUAUCCGUCGAAGGUGGGCCUGACUGGGUUUGGCGGUCCGGGCCCGUAUGGCAAGAAUGUGGUCAUCAACCCUUACACCAUCACUGUCGACAUGCUGCCGAUCGUGACGCAAAACUUUGUGCCCACCAAAAUCAACAGCGACUUUGCCUACUACCAGACAAACGACGCAGUGGUGUGCUCUCGUGGCAUCCAGCUCAACACCUACCCACCCACUGCCGCCACGGACAACUACAAGCUGAAUGCAGGCCUUUGCUCGACGGCCGUUAUUGACCGUUUCCGCACGUCGUACAACUGGCCCGAGGUGAACUUUGGAUCCAUCUGGCUGCGCGGCUACUGGUUUUUGUUCUCCAACAGUCUGGUGACUGAUCAGGUGUUUGGUGGCCUGGGCUUUGUGACUGGCGGCAGCUGGCUGGAUGCUGUGCCUGGAUUGUGGAUGCUGGCGUACAACAACAUUUUCAUUGGUGCCACUCAACCAGAGAGCGCGACGGCUGGCCGCGCCGGGCCAUCGUUCCCCGAAAGCGACUGUCUGCUCAACACCAAGCUCUGUCCGUUCAAGGCUGAGGGUGUUGCAUACGCCCUGGCUGGUUUCCAGCCUUCGCGGCUGAUUACCAUUUACGACGGCCCCUUCUUUGCAGACGGCAACAUUUUCAUGGCGGCCAAGAACUUUACCUGCGACCCCUCCGAGAAGUCCUCAUCGUGUGGCAUCUACCGCAUGACCACCCAACCCGUGGCAGCGACUGGCAACAAGCAAAUGAACGUCAUCAACGCUGGCAUUGGCUGGAAGCAGCCCAACGGUUUCUACUAUCCUCCGGCCUUCGCCUUCCGCCGUAGUGCGUUUGAUGAGGAGAGCAUGCGUCAUAACGUCCUCGACAUUACGGCCGAGUACAUUACUGCGAGUCCUCAACAGCCGCCGACGAUCUCUGCAGGCCUUGGUGUCACUCCGAUUGACGCAUCCACCAUUCUGGUUGAUGUGGACGGCUCGUUGACGGGUGUAACCUCCAGCAUCACCGGCCGCUCGUCGUCCGUGAGCGAAAACACCUUUUACCUUGCACCGACCACAAUCGCCGAAUGCAAGUCGUUUGGUGUCAACACGGUGCCCAACGACAUGCUGACCUCCGUCAUCACCAUGGCAGCCCGCUCCACCAUGCACCCCGCUUGGUUUAAAGUGGUAUCUGACUGGUCCAUUGUGAAUGGUACCGCAUCGACCAACUAUACGCAAGUCCCGCUGUACCGGCAGUUCCUGCUGCCGACCGACCGGCCGUGCUCUGGCGACCUGUGCGAGAGUGUGGACUCGACCAACAACAUGUUCAGCUGCACCAAUGGCAUGAUGAUGGCCGGGUCUCUUGUGUGGUCCGCGCCUGCGCUGACCAUGAGCGACAUGACCUACUUUAUCGACACGCACCGCCAAAGCUUGACUGGCCCCAACUGUAAAGACUUUAACUUUAUCCGCGGCAAGGACAUGUUUGUUCCGUCUGAUUCGUACGUCCUGUACCAGCUCUAUCCUCAACGCACCAGCAAGGUCACCUACCAAAUCUACGUCGGCACGAGUUUCAACUUGGCCACGGACGGCCACUUUGCCCGCAUUUACCCGACCUACAACAUUGACGGGAACAGCCGCGCGCAGCCCAUUAUUCCGGUCGCGCUGCCUGGCGUUCCCACACUGGAGAAUGGUGUCUUGACCGUCACUCUUGACAACGCCUGGAUUGCGGACGACUUUGACAUUGAGGUCAACGAGGACUAUGUGCGCUGCCUGCCGCGCGACGUGUGCGACUGGGAUUCGGCCAAUAGCACUUGCAAGGUGGCCGAUUCCGUGACGGAUCCGCAGCUCCGCGACACGUACGAAACGGUGUGCCGAUACUGGGCCACGCGGGCCAGCGGGAACUCGGCCGAAACCGGCGACGGCCUUGUCGACUGCCCGGCCGGUGGCUGUUUGGCGUAUGUCUUUACGCUGCCGAGCGACUUUGUGUCCCGCCCGUACGCUGAGGUGGGAGCUCCUCUCGCGCGCCCGUUCGCGUGCACUGCAGAGUUUGCCGCGUUCAACGCCUCGCUUGUUCUUGCGGACAUUCCUGGAAACACUUGCCAGGCCACGGCUUCCAACUUGUGCCGAACGCCCAAACCACCACGCCUUGGUGGUGUGUUGCUGCCCAACCCGGACGCUUGCUCGUUGAAUGAAACGGUUUACACUUGCGAUUGCACGCACGCUGCCUCUGACGUUGUGCACUUGUCGACGUUCUCGGGCUCUGGGUGCACCACUCUGUCUAUUUCUGGAUGUCGCAUCCGCAGCUCCAAGAAUGCCCUGUCGACACUGGCGCUCGAAGAGCUGACGAUUCAAGAGUCGCUCUGGUUGAGCGGGCCUGCUGAGCCAAGCGACCUUGGUCUCGGCGCAUCGGUUGUUCGUCUGACAUACAACGGACUUGAAGGCAUCACGACCUUGGGCGCUUUCGGCUUCCAUACGCUGACCAAUCUUGAAGAACUAAGUCUGAAUGCGCUGUACGACCUGGAAUCGGUGGAUUACAAUGCUUUCGAGGGCUUGACUUCGCUUAUUUACUUCGAGAUGAUGUGGAACACGAAUCUCGAGCGCAUUCCAGGCAAGGUCUUCCAACCUCUUCAAUCCACGAUCGAGUCAAUUGACUUGCAGGGCUGUGGCUUGACACGGGUACCCGGCCUGCUGUUUGCGAAUCUCAAAAAACUCGAGUACAUUGGACUAAACCACAACCAAUUGACGACCUUGCCCGUUGGUCUCUUCCAUAUUCCCUGUGGCGCGCUGCUCGGGGAAGGCGUUGUGAUUUCUGGCAACCCAUUCGAGGGUGACGUCCCCGGCACCUACGACACGGACGAAGUGAUUGACUUGGCAUGCGACGCUACUUGCCUUCGAGACUGCUUUGACUCGGCGUCGCAGUGCUGCGAUGCCUCGUGCCGCACAUGCAGUGGCUCUGCCACGUACUGCACCUCGUGCAUGAGUGGCGAGGCUCCAAUUGAUGGUGCUUGCACAACUCUUGCAGCGCCGCCCGCCGAGGAUUUGGCCCUCUUCAGUGAGGGUCAGCUUUCUCAUGUGCACACUGCUUCCUACUUUGCCGGCUUUGCGGAUUGCUGGGUGCAGUACAAGGCAAACUCGUACGCUGAGGGUUAUCGCUUUGAUGAUCAACUGUGCUGCCGCAGGCUCGGUCGUCUCGACGGUCUGGGCAACUGCAAUCUGGGCUGCGAUGCUACGCCCACGACCGACUUUGUUAUUGUGGCUCCGGUCUCGAGCACAGAUGCUGGUGCGCGAUGCUACGGCCACUGCGCUUACCUGUAGUGGACCGUCCGUGGCCUUGGAUGUUUUUGAGUUCAUGUUGCUCUUUGGGGGUAUGCUCCGUGUUGGACUUGUUGUUUUGUUUUAAGCUUCUUCCUACAUUGCUUGCGCUGCAUUGAUUGUGUUGUCGUGUUCAAAGUGUUCCCCCCAAAAUUGUCACACCAAUGAUUGUUUCAAAAGUCAAACAAUUUCGUGCAA